AUGCUUCUGAAAAGCCCCUUUGUUUAUUGGGUGUUUGCGGUUUGUUGUUUGGGUUUUUUAAGGUUAUCUGAAUCGCAGGUGCCUCAGGCAGAAGUUGAUGCCCUUCAACAGAUAGCCACUGAAAUGGGUGCAACAAUUUGGGUAUUUAACGCGGAAUUAUGCGAACUCGAGAGAGUUGGGGUCUCGAUUUCGGUUUCGCCUCCGAGUGGCAACGAGGGCUAUGUCGAUUGCAAUUGCAAUUUCGAGAAUAACAGCAUUUGCCAUGUCACAAAAAUAGUGAUAAAAAGUUAUAAUCUUCCUGGAAUACUUCCGACUGAUAUUACGAGGCUACCGUAUCUCGAAUAUAUUGAUUUAGCUUACAAUCUUCUCAGUGGUACAAUACCGGUUGAAUGGGCUUCGACACAGUUACAGUUUGUUUCUGUUCUAGUGAACCGUUUAUCUGGAGAUAUACCGAGGGAAUUGGGGAACAUUACUAGCCUUACAUACCUGAACCUCGAGGCCAACCGAUUUUCAGGUCCCAUUCCUCCCGAAAUCGGGAGGUUAACGAAUCUAAAAACUCUGAUAUUAUCGUCCAAUCAGUUAGUAGGGAGAUUACCAGCAUCAUUAUCAAAUCUAACAAAUUUGAGUGACUUUCGAAUAAACGACAACAACUUAAGUGGACGAAUCCCUGAGUUUAUUCAGAACUGGACACAGCUUGUGAAAUUAGAAAUGCUCGCAAGUGGACUCGAGGGCCCUAUCCCUUCGAAUAUAUCUCUCCUAAAUAUGUUACAGGACUUGAGAAUUAGUGAGCUUAAAGGGCCGUUGCAAGAUUUUCCUUUGCUAAGGAGCACUACUGGCCUAGUAACAUUGAUAUUGAGAAACUGUAACAUUACUGGAGGAAUCCCUGAGUAUGUAUGGAGGCUGAGAGUUCUGCAGAUGUUGGAUGUCAGUUUCAACAAGUUAGUGGGACAAAUUCCAGAUCACAUUGCAAGAAAUUUGAAACUUGUGUUUGUGACCGGCAACAUGCUGAGUGGGACGAUACCCGAUACACUCUUCAAAGAUGGGAGCAAUAUUGAUCUUUCUUACAACAAUUUUACUUUGCGAGCCUCUGAUGAACCCGCUUGUCAACCGAACAUGAAUCGGAACGUAAACUUGUUCAAAGGCUCAUCUACACCGAACACACUACAACGAAUCCUUCCUUGUACUAGCAAUGUAGUCUGCCCCAAAUACAAAUGCUCUCUGCAUGUGAAUUGCGGUGGAGAUAAUUUGAACAUCAAAGAGCACAACCGAAAAGUUUUAUACGAAGGUGAUUCGGGUGGUGACUCAGCAAAAUAUUUAAGCAGCAACUACUGGGGAUUCACGAGCACGGGUGACUUUAUCGACGAGCUCCUUUACCAAAACUCGCGCAUUAUCAAAAUCGAGUCUGCGGAAAAUCUACCCGAUUUGUACAGUACCGCACGUUUGAGUCCUCUUUCCACUACAUAUUUCCAUUACUGCUUGGAAAACGGGAGUUAUAACGUGAGCCUGCAUUUUGCCGAGAUACUUUUCACGAAUGACAGCACGUAUAAUAGUCUCGGGAGGCGAAUGUUUGAUAUAUACAUUCAGGAGAGACUAGUUUGGAAAGAUUUUAACAUUGAAAACGAGGCUCGUGGGGCUCGAAAACCCGUGGUUCGAUAUUUUAAUGCAACCGUGAUAGAUGGUACAUUGGAGAUCAGAUUUUAUUGGGCCGGUAAAGGGACGACACGAAUUCCAAACAGGGGAGAUUACGGUUCACUUGUGUCAGCUAUAUCGGUUAACCCAAAUUUUAAAGUUUGUUCUCAUGGUAACGAGAAAAACUUAACUGCAUACAUAGUAGCCGGAGUUUUGUCGGUAUGUGUUGUUUUCAUUAUAUUGGGUGUACUUUGGUGGAAAUUUUUCUUCAUAAGAAGAAAAAAACUUGGGAAAGAAUUUGAAGGACUUGAAUUGCAAACAGUUGCUUUUUCUUUGAAACAAAUUCGAGCUGCCACGAACAACUUUGACGAGACAAACAAGAUUGGCGAAGGCGGUUUUGGUCCUGUGUACAAGGGUCUUCUGCCAGACGGUACUAUAAUUGCCGUAAAACAGCUCUCGUCAAGAUCAAGACAAGGUAACCGUGAGUUCCUAAACGAGAUUGGGAUGAUUUCUUGUUUGCAACACCCAAAUCUCGUGAAGCUGUACGGAUGUUGUAUCGAGGGAGAUCAAUUGCUAGUAGUGUACGAGUACAUGGAGAACAAUAGCCUUGCAAAUGCUUUGUUUGAUUCUUCUAAAGGAAGCCAUAUGAUGUUAGACUGGCAAAUGAGGUUUCGGAUAUGCAUUGGGAUUGCGAAAGGAUUAGCUUUUCUUCACGAGGAAUCGAGACUGAAAAUUGUUCACCGUGAUAUUAAAGCUACAAAUGUACUCUUGGAUAAAGACCUUAAUCCUAAGAUAUCGGAUUUCGGAUUGGCUAGGCUUAAUGAAGAUGAGAAGACGCAUAUUAGCACGAAAAUUGCCGGAACAAUAGGAUAUAUGGCUCCUGAGUAUGCAAUGUGGGGUUAUUUGACCGACAAAGCAGAUGUUUAUAGCUUUGGAGUUGUGAUUCUUGAAAUCGUCAGUGGCAAAAGCAACAAUAACUACAUGCCGAGUCGAAAUUUCGUUUGCCUUCUCGAUUGGGCUGGUCACUUGCAAGAAAGUAAAAAUAUCGACGAGCUGAUAGACGAGAAGCUGGGCCUUAGCAUCAACCGAGACGAAGUAGAAAGAGUGGUGAAAACGGCACUUUUGUGCACAAACGCGACUCCAUCCGUGAGGCCCAUGAUGUCCGAGGUUGUCCUAAUGCUCGAAGGGAGAAUGGACGUUCCAAAUGUGAUCCCGGAUGGGAGCACGUACACGAAUGAUGUGAGGUUCAAGGCCAUGAAGGACCUCAACAAAGAGAACCGAAACCGAAGCCCAACUUGGAGCGAGUCGCAAAAAUCGACACCUGUACGCACGGAUGCAGUUUAUUCUUCUUCGUCGACCUCUGGGUUUAUCGAAGUUAGUAGAGAUACGAUAUCUUAUUGA